GUAAGUAGUCUCCCUAACUGGCCCCACUACCUCUGAGAUUUAAAGUUAAUUCAUGAUUAAUACAAGCUAUUGGUGUUAUGCGAAUUCAUCCAGGUAUUUUCAUCCCAAAGGCUAGACGCAGCUUAAACUCUGAGUAACUGAUAUUCCGAUUUUGGUAGAUUAAUUCGUUAAAACUAUCUAAAAACCGAAGCGUGUUUCACACACACUAAAAAAUUGUUAACCUAAGUAACAUUGUUCGUUUAUUUUUGCGUAAGUUUGAAAAAUUUGGAGAAUUAUCAAGCCGAAUACUUAUAUUGACUGAAUUGUGUCAAUUGUCGGCGGUUAAAGCUGUAUAUUAUGACUUCAGUCAAUCAGUUCUUAUCAACGUAGCAUGUAGCACACGGGUAUUUCCCAGGGUCGCCGUGCAACAACUCCCGUGUACGUUCGUAAUGAUGAAACUCUCUAAUCAUGAACUUAGGAAUAACUAGUAAUCAGUCAAAACUGCUCAAAUGCAUUUCGUUCUGAGUAUCCUAUUAUUUGAUGCUUCGGUUUAUUAUUAUUUAUUUAUUUAUUUAAACACAUAGAUAUUGGUACAAGGAGGCACCAAAUACAUCUGCGCCACACACAUCUCAUUAGAUUUGUGUGAGGGCUGUGAUACUGCCCGGGUGCCUCAACCGAAGCAGGUGGUUCUCUUAGGGGGCCACACCCAGAGCCUUCGAUCUGAAGGUCUGAUCCACGAGGCAAUGGGGCAUCGUAAGGAGGUGCAGUCCCAUGGAAGCCGGUGGCCAAUAAUUGGUUCAUACGCCAUUUGUUCCCGCAGGAUGCUGGAGCCUAUGUGCACCAUUGGUUUGUAAUCCGGUUAAAGCGCCGGACAUUCGCUUUUCGUCCUCUCAUUUUCGUAAACAACAGUAAUGCCACGAGAAGUCAGUGAUUAGGACUUCCCUGGCAGAGGCUAUAUACGCAUGGCCAUGUGAGAGCAUUUCAAGAGGGAGAGCGGACUCUUCCCACUCUCGGCCGUACCAGGGCAUUUGGGGGCAUGCUUCGACUUACUACCUUAUGUCUGUUACAAAAUGAGCAACUAAAAAUAUUUCACUUUUGCUUUGUUCGCAUGUGUUCAACCAAUGUUUGGGGAUUCAGUAUCUUUCAACACAAUAAAAGUCCUAUAUUAUUCGUACUCAUAAUCAGUAUUACUACAAAUCAGCUUAGUUUUUCUUAUUUCUCAAAUAUCCUCUCAAAACUCUGCCACCAGAUUCGGACUAAAACCUGUAAACAAAUAUAUCGAUAAUAGUGUAAAUAAAAGCUAUAUAUCUACCAGACACUGAUUCUCUACUUAUAUGGUCCUCUGUAAAAUUUGAAUUUAAGCCACCAAAUGCCCUGGUACGGCCGAAGGUGGGGAGCGUCCGAUCUCCUCGAGACGCUCGUAUACAUUCACUGCCAGGGAAGUCCUAAUCACUGCCUUCUUGCGGAGGGGGUGUUGUUAACUAAGUUGAGGAUGAAAGGCGAGUGCCUAGCGCUUUAACUGGGUCAGUGGAUAUAUGAGAUGCAUCAAGGGGAGUUCGGAAACCCUGAUUCUAAACCAAUGGUGCACAUGGGCUCCAGGAUUCUGAAGGAACAAAUGGCAUACGAACAAAUUGUUGACGUUGAUAUGCUUGACAAAAUGAACGACUCUCAAAUUGUGGACUGCGGGAGAACAAGUGGAUUUGAACGAAUGGUCCUGAUGAUGAAAGUAAAUCCUUUGAUACCUGUUGGUAUGAUUGUCACUGGAGCUCUGCUUAUCCGCAUGAAGUAUGCUAGCCGUAAAGAAUUCGGAUACUUAAUCUAUUUACGUCCGCUGAGUCAAGCAAUUACAUUUUCAAUGAUUAUUUACACCGCAUAUACUACACCUGAAAUUUUCAACAAAAGUUCCUGUAGGCCUCUCGCAACUCGACGAUCGUCGCGUUGGUAUGGAAAGGUUAUGGAGGCUAAAAAAACUGAUGUGGCUGCUGUUAAGCAUACUGUAAUACUACCUCCUAGACCUUUACAAAUUAUUGUACAUUGA